AUGCCGAAAAAGUCAUUUCUGGACGAGCUUUUCUCACUUGAAGGAAGAGUUGCUGCACUAACAGGUGGAACACGAGGAAUUGGCCAAUCGCUCGCGGUUGCACUGGCAAAAGCUGGAGCAGAUAUAGUGCUUAUUCAAAGAAAUGAGACUAAUCAAGAAACUGCAAUAAAAAUCCGCGAUGCAGGUAGAAAAGCCUGGAUAAUAACGUGUGAUUUAUCUUCAAAGGAAGAAGUGGGAGGUGUUGUUAAACAGAUUACCUCACCUGAGACAGAAGGUGGACUAAGCCUGAACAUCGACAUUUUUAUUAAUUGUGGUGGCAUCCAGCGAAGGCAUCCUUCACAUUUGUUUCCCAAUGAUGAUUGGGAAGAGGUACUACAAGUAAAUCUCAAUACUGUCUGGAUGCUUUGCCGAGAUGUCGGUCGUCAUAUGCUAGAACGACGCGAAAGCAUUUCAGAUGGUGCCUCGCCCUUGCCACGCGGAAAGAUUGUUAACAUUGCGAGUUUAUUAUCUUUCCAAGGAGGAUUCACUGUCUCUGCCUACGCAGCCGCGAAGCACGGUGUGCUCGGAAUUACAAAGGCUUUCUCGAAUGAAUGGAGCUCAAAAGGGAUUAACGUUAAUUGCAUUGCACCUGGCUACAUCGACACUGAAAUGAAUACCGCAUUAAUAGCGAAUCCAACACGCGCACGGCAAAUUCUUGAACGUAUUCCGGCAGGUCGAUGGGGUACACCUGAAGACUUUGAAGGUGCAAUCCUCUUCCUUGCAAGUCGUGCGUCAGAUUACAUCUGCGGAGAAACGCUGGUCGUGGAUGGGGGUUGGAUGGGACGGUAAACAUUAAUGCUGUAUGGAUUGAUCACUGUAUACCGUGGUUCUGAUAGAGUCUGUACUGCCGUGAUUGCUGGGUUGUAAUAAACUUGAUUAUGUAGUUCAAGUACCGUCGCAUUCAGAAGAAGAGGCGUCCAUAAAGGAGAUGAUAUGCAAAAAUACAGAGUAACUGUUUGAUUACAGUAACAUUGUACUCUUUCAAACGACAUGCGGACUAACCAUGAAUGCCUCAGGAUAGUACAGCUCGAUCUUCUCGCUUCCUGAUCCUCUGUUAGUUAUCACUACCAACAUUCUACUGUAUGGCUCCAUAUAAUCCAACAGCAUAUCUGCAGUAUCACGGGAAACAUUAUUCCUGUGAAAAAAUUCACAGCUUGAUUUGGCGUUGAUGACCUUAGACAGGCCUGCAAAUACGAGAUUUCCUUGUUUAUCAAUAGCAAUCAAGCCGUAUUCUACCUUCCCCAACUUUCCCGUCGUGACCAGGAGUCGUCCCGAUCGAGACAGAUUCGAUCCUACUUGGAAGGAUGUCCACGAAAAAUCAUGCGCAGAAAGAUAUGGAAUGGACGACGUCUUACUGAUUAGAGACCAUCUGGAGGGUACAGGUCGACCAGGAUCGAAGAUAGCUCUCAUUGCCAUGAAGUGAGCUCCAGUGGAAUAAUUUGUCCUGACGAUAACGGAGAGCAUUGCGACUCUAGGAUCAGCUCCAAAGAAAAGAUCACUGACCGAAAAUUUUGCUGUUCACUUCGUAAAGCUCGAUCCGUCAUUGUUGUCCGCUUGUAGCCCAAUGAAACUGAUCUCCAAUGCGUUGGGAUCUAUGGUUACCACAGAAGAUGGUGCUGCUAAAGAUAUCGCUUCUGUAAGCGACAGACCACAAACCCUUGAUUCUUGGGAGCAAAUCAAGUGGUCUUGCCAGAUUACAAUAUCAGGAUUGAUUUUAAACCGGAAUUAUACCGCCUGAUUAGAUUUCCAAUGCACAAUGAAAAGUAGAUCAUCGACCGUCCGCCAAACUGCAAAUUUUCCCGAUAUUGCACAGCUCGACCGCACCCAAUCUUUUGCUUGAUCGUGCAAACUUCGUCCAGCAAGUGACACCAUGCAUGUCUCCACC